AUGGAUCAAAAUGGCCGGUCAGAUCAUCUGGGAAUCAACCGUCGGAGACGCCAGGCCCGCGUGAAAUCCGGCUGCCGGACCUGCAAGAUCCGCAAGGUCAAAUGCGAUGAAGCCCGUCCAGCUUGUCACCGGUGCGUCUCUACCGGUCGGGUCUGCGAUGGCUACGGCAUCUGGGGAGGCGGCGACUCAUACGGCAACCGCCAGCGCUCCCUGGCAUCGCAGCAUGGCGGCGUCAUGUUGUUGUCUCUCGCCAGCCGUUCAAGGACGGCAGACGAAGGACAACACUUCGAAUGGUUUCAGCUGCGGACCGUCACGAAGAUGCCCGGAUUCUUCGCUCUGCCCUUCUGGAACACGCUCCUCUUCCAGGCGGGCCAGACUGAGCCCGCGAUCUGGCAUGCCAUCAUGACCUUGAGCGCCGUCCAUCGACGAAAGUUUCUCCAUCUCGACAACCAAGAUGAGUGCGCCAGGGACGCCAUUGAUGACCAGGAGCAGUUUAUGUUGCGGCAUUACACCAAGGCCAUUGGCCACCUCCGGUCUCAUACCCCCGACAAAAGUAAUGGCUCGUCAGUUCGCAUCGCGCUGAUUGCGUGUGUGGUCUUCGUGUGUCUUGAAUAUCUGCGUGGGCGCUUUCGAACUGCUGAAACUCAUCUCCAAAGUGGAUUGAAGAUUCUCAGCGAACUGCAGAACCCAUCCAGCACGCGCGACAAGGGGAUCAUCCGCCUGCAGCCGUCUCAAGGAGACGUCGACGAUUGGAUCGUCGAGGCAUUCUCCAAGCUGUACCUCCAGGUCGUUCUAUUAAGACAGCGCCAUCAGGAUCCUUGCAUACUCCUGCAAGGCUCUAUAACGAUGACACAGAUCCCCAGAUUUCGCUCUUUCGACGAAGCAUGGGUACCGAUGGAGCGGCUGUUGAGCAAAGUCCUCUAUCUGGCCGAGCAAUUCCGCCACGCACAGGACCCAGCAGCAUCUCUCUCUCACGAGCAUCCCUCAACAUUAGGCAACUGUCAACGACUCCUUCAGACAGAGCUCGCACAGUGGUUCGCUGCGUAUGAAGCAUCCAGGCAAGAGCUAUGUAGAAAAGAUGAUGAAGAUGAAGAAAUCGCCUACCAGAUGUUAGGUGCAUACCACGCCAUGAUCACUAUCAUGGCACAGGCUUGUCAAUGGCCGGAUGACGAGUCAAUCUUCGAUCUGUACACCGACCAAUUCAUCGCUAUCAUCGAUCGACUGAUAGUCAUAUCGAAGAUCCGGGCGACCAGAUCGCAACCCCAGGCACUACCCGGGCAGGGGCAUUACCCGCCCAUGUCCAGAUCAGUCAUCCAUAUCGGAUGGAGUCCACCACUUUACUAUACCGCCCUCAAAUGUCGCGUCCACCGAAUAAGACUCCAAGCGAUCAGACUACUGGAAUCUUCUUCGCGAAGGGAGGGUAUCUGGGACGCGAGCAUCACCGCAUGUGUGGCGCGGAGGGUAAUUCGCACCGAAGAACGGGACUUCUAUCGAGAUUUGGAUACUGCCGACGACUUCGACCUUAAUAGUUCUCCGACCCGAUGGGGUCUAUCACUUCCCACGAUCCCCGCUGUCUAUCGAAUACACGAUGUAACCGUGAUCCCGCCGGAUGGCCGAAUGGACACUCUCACGCUGUCCUACAGGCAAGAGACCAGCGCAAGCUGGGAGCUUUGGACGAAGGUAUACGACAUGUCUUCGCAAUGCUGGAUAGAUUGA